CUCUAGCUACAUGGUCUCGAUUCUCGAACAAAUGGCUUCUUCUAGGCUACUUUUCACAUGCACAACAGUUUUGCUCUUCUUGCCUUUGUUGUUCCUAUCCCCUUCUAAUGCCUUUUCUUCUUAUCCAAAUGAUGAUGGUCGCCUCAAGGUGUCGGCUGUUGGUUCUCAAAAGGUUAAUCUGUCUCUCUACUACGACGCUCUGUGUCCAUCCUGCGCCACUUUCAUCGUCAAAAAUCUCGCAGGAGUCUUCGACAAAGAUCUCAUCACUAUCAUCAAUCUCAGGCUGGUUCCCUGGGGCAACUCUUUCGUCAAUAAAUCUAACAACGCCAUUGUUUGUCAGCAUGGUUCUGAGGAAUGCGUUCUAAAUACUUUGGAAGCCUGCGCCAUUGACGUCUUGCAUGAUGUGGACAAACAUUAUGCUUUGAUCUACUGCUUUGAGUUUCUAGUCAUUGAAGGAAGGCACAAAGAUUGGCAAACUUGUUUCGACUCUCUGGGGUUGCCUAAGAAACCUGUUUUGGAUUGCUAUAUCAGUGGAAAUGGAACCAAGCUCAUACAAAAAUAUGCUGAUGAAACUGCCCAUCUCAAUCCACCUCAUACAUUUGCGCCAUGGGUAGUUGUGAAUAAUCAACCACUCCAAGAGGACUACCAAAAUUUUGUAACCCAUGUCUGCAAGGCAUACAAAGGCAAUGGUGCACCCGAGGUCUGCAAAUCAGUUGGAGCAAAGAUCAACUAGAUUAGAAGGCAUAGCCAAUCCAUUAAAUUUGCCAUAUAUGUGAAAACAAGAAGACUAGAUGUCCUUAAGCAGAAGAAUCUCCCCAAGGCAACCACAAACUUCGUGGUUGCACCUUUUGAUGGAAGCUUAUGUUCAAUAGCAUACAUGAGCUUGAAUAUAGGAAGUAGCUUUGUUUCAGUAGUAUAGGUAGAGCAGAAGUCCUAAUCUUAUGUGACUCGAUCAGCAACAAUGAAGUAGAAUUUUCUUAACAUGCUAACUUGUAUUGGCUUUGAUAUCCGCAAUGGCGUUUUUAAAUUUUUAUGUAAAAUAGCUAUUUAAAGCUAGCUUUUUCUAAUUUAGCUAAUGGCUUCUUAAAUGCA